AGCGAGUAGCGCUGGGAUUCGAACUCGUGACACUCGGAUCCUAAGCUCCGCUCCGCUCUCCCAGGCGGGAGGAGGUUACGCCGCGGAGUGACAUCAGCACGACACAUUGCAGCCUUGAUUUUUUUUUUUCUCCCUCCGCGUCUUGUUCCAGAGCAUCUACAGCUUCAGCGUUCACCGCGGGGAGGCGAUGAGAAGUGGACCGCCCGGUUCGGUUUGUCCACGUCCAGCCUGCACGGGGCAAAGUGAGCCCAGCUCAGGUAGAUUCUGAUCAAACCAGUCCCGGUCAAGGGUCCAGCACCCACCGCACCCGGAAGCCAUGAGGACCACGGAGGAGACGGAAGGCUUUGACUGCGAGGCCUCCAACACCUCCAUGAUCUCCGGGGCCAGCAGCCCGUACCAGCCCACCACCGAACCCGUGCACGCGCGGAACGUUCUGGGGGGAAUAAGGUGCGACCUGGAGUACCUCAGGUCCCACUUUGGGAUUUUAAAAGUGCUCGAAGUGGUCCUCUCGCUCAUCAGUUUCAUCUGCAUUGAGACCAUCAUGAUGUGCUCCGUCUGUGGAGGGGUCUACUUCUUCGAGUUUGUCAGCUGCAGUGCCUUCGUGGUGACGGGAGUUCUUCUUCUGUUCUUCAGCCUGAACCUUCACAUCAAGGUCCCCCAAAUCAACUGGAGCAUCACGGUACGUACCGAGGUCGACAUCUGGACAUUUGCUGCUUCCUGA